GGCCCAACAAUGGUGAAUGCUGGAUGGGCGGAUGACCUUCUGGCCAGUUUUGGUGGUGUGCUGCCUGUUGCACUGGAGGAUCUCACAGAUGGGCACGGGCCUACGAAAAGUUGGUUGAAUCAGUUUCGACAGGAUGUCUUCCCUGAUGACCAGGAGGAGUGGAUCGUGCAGCGGCACUUAGUCGCUUACCUGUUGUGGUUGUUUGGAUGGGUGAUGUUCACGGGAACUCACGCUGACUCCGUGGACAAGCAAUUCAUCCACUUUGCGGAGCAGAUUGCAGAGUUACCUAUCGCGGAGAUUCCACAGUACAGUUGGGGGUCGGCGGUACUUGCGGCGACAUAUGCCGGACUGUGUGAUGCUUGCGUGAGGAACAGCAAGCAAAGUUCACUCCCUGGAUGCCCGUUGCUACUUAUGUUGUGGGCGCACGAGCGCUUCGACAUUGGGAGGCCUCAGCUUGACUCGUACGCAAACUACGGUUUGCGAGAGAUGUACAGGUCUGGUGUUGAUGACAUCGACGAUCGUCCCACUAUGGGAUCCUUGUGGACACACCGUGAGCCGCAGUGGGUUAGCGGGACGACACGUCGUGUCUACACUCAGUUUGUAGCUGACUUUGAUCAGCUUACGCCUGACCGUGUUCGGUGGACUCCCUACACUCAGCACGAUGUCAAUGAUCGUGCACCGCACGGUCUCGCGGAUCUUUGCACGCGAGAUAUGCAACUCUGGAGGACGACUUGUCACCUCGUGGUGGACGUGCACGUCGAGCCACACAAUGUCCACAGGGUUCUCAAACAGUUGGGCAUGUAUCAGGACUUCCCUCCGAGAGAUGGUCGUCCUUUGGCUGAUAGUCUUCAUAGGUACUCCAGAAAGGGGCUCGGGCUUUCCUACGAGCUAGUUAUUGUGACCACGGUUCAGCCGACGGUACAAGAGUGGGAGCACGCAGCUGAUAACUUGGCACUUCAGACACCUCCAGACGAUGGGAGUUAUUAUGGAGCUUACCUUCGUUGGUACCGCAGUGUUACACGAUGGAGGUGUUUUCCUCCACAAGGAGAUAGCACCGUCCCCCACCAGGCAGCGAUUACUGACACGUUUGCCCAUCAGCCUAGAUCAGCUUAUAACUCAAUGGCGGAAUUUGUUGAGCACGUUCACGUGGAGUCCGACACCCUGCUGCAAAGACUAGAGGCGAGACCUCCAGUCGUCAGAUGUGGUGCAGACGUCGGGCCGACGGCCAUCACCACCACUACCCCGACGUUCCAGCGUGGAUCGGAGUGGUCCAUCCUCUUCACGUCGCGGGUACGAAGCGGCCCACACAUCUCACGGUCGUCCUUCCUUUCAGCACACCCCAGCACCGGAGUACACCAGGGGGUCAGCCGGAUCAGGGGUACCCACGUCGAGCACGACACCACCACGUCCGCAGACGAUGAGUACGGUUCGGCGUCGACGCAUCACGGAGUGCCUGCUUACUCCCCUCGCACAGCAUUCAUUGAGGACUUCUUUUCCACUGAUCCUCCCCAGGGGGAAGUAGGGAUGGAUUACUGGCACGCAGCACCUCAGGUCACAAUGCCGACGCAGGAGACGGAGGCCGGUCAGGGGCCAGACGUGACACCACAGCAGGCAGCUAGAGAUAGGCACCCCCUGAUAAUUUGA